GAGGCGGAGUUACCGCCUUCCAUCAGGAAACCCAUUGUGCCUAAUGCAGCUGUCUGUAGUUCAGUUAACGAUGUAAACAAACGUUGUUAGACGCUCUGAAACUAGCUAACGUUAGCGACGGAAGUUUGCUAACCAUGUUCAAAGCGUUAGUAAUUUGCCUUAGCCGUAAUUCAAACCAAAUUAAUAUAACUUUAGUUUAAUUUCAACUCACGCAAUUUAACGGGCGCCGUUUGGUUGUGGUCAGGUAGUAACGUAGUGCUGUCACAGAGGUUGCUAGGUUAGUGGGGAGCUAACUUGAGGCAAGCUAAAAGUGUCCAACCAGUAGGCUGUAAGAUAUUUACAAGACUUCACAUACUGACAGUAUGACUUCCAAACAGAUGGCGGUGUCUCUGGGAUCUCUGCAGAGUCCUGAUCUAAGCUCUGUCCUGUCAUCAUGUGAGCCAGAGCUUCAGGAGCUGAUGAGGCAGAUUGACAUUAUGAUCAACCAUCAGAAGAGAGAGUGGGAGGCGGAGAUGCAGACCAUGGAGCUGAGGCUGAAAAGUGGGGAAGAGGAGCUGUUGACUUGCAGGAAUCUUAUUGAACGGAGGGACCUGGAGAUCGGAUUGCUCCACAAGCAGCUGGAAGAAGUCCAGCCUGGUCGCCAAGAGUUAGUUACCAAGUACGAGCAGCAACUGCACAAAGUCCGGGAAGAGUUAGAUAAAUUAAAGAGAAGUUACCACAAGCUUCAGCGCAAACAGCUCAAGGAGAUCCCUGGAGGAGUGAAUACUAAAGACAUAGACCGCUCAGAGGUGACCCAACUCAAUGGGAAGAUUGAGGAAUAUUACCAGCGUUCUGUAGAGUGGGGGCAGCAACGCAGCCAAUACCAAAAACAACUGACAGCGCUGGAGGCCCAAAAUAAGAGCCUGACUGAUGAGCUCACACACAUGAAAACCCAGUGGGAAUUGUUGCAGAAGGAGAAGGACCACAGGGAGUGCUGCUUAAAGGUGCAACAUCUGUGCACUCAGCUGGAGAAGACUCAGGGCAGCCUGCACUUACAGGAGCUUGAACUGAAACGCCUCAGACCCCUCGAGGUGUGGUUGGGACAGUACCAGAGAGAGCAGCAGGUUAGCAGAAUGGUGCUUACGGAGGAAAGGCAGGAACUACACGCAACCCUGGACUCCCAGGAUACAUUUGUGCGGAGAGCCAGUCUCGAACGCCAAAGGCUUCGUAAUGAAGCUGCCAGACUCAACCAAGUACUGGAAGCUAAAGAUCAAGUCAUUCGCUCUCUGGAGGAGUGUCUGGUGGCUCAGGGUUGUGCUGGUGUGGAAACCCUCAGACAAAAUCUGGAGAAGACUGCAGCCAAACUUCACUGCACCCAAGCAUGUGAGGUUCAUCUCAAGACAGAACUGGCAUGUCUCAAAGAGAGACUGGAGAGGGUGAGCCGACAGAGAGCUGACCAAUCAAAGAUGGAGGAACUGAGGAGCAUUAAAGCAGAAUACAAUUCCUCUGUUACGGAAGUGAAGAAGCUCAGAGAGGAGCUCCAAAGGGCGAAGCAGACUCACAGCGGUGAGGUGGAGGGAAUGAGGAAGGAGGUGUCAAAGCUGACCACCGAGCUGCACCAACGCGACGUCACCAUCUCCACGCUGAGUGGCUCUUCAUCCAGCGUCAAGCAGCAGCUCUGCAGUGAGGUGGAGCGAGCACAACAGAAGGCAGCUGAGCUUAAAAUGACUCAGGCCCAGCUGGAGACUCUACAAACUGAGAACCAGCAGCUGAAGGGUCUGCUGCAGAAGUUGGAGUCUCAGUCAUCUAAGAGGGGGGAUUCAUCGCUUGCAUCCCUGAGGGAGAGCUAUGUGUCAUCUCUGAGCAGCCUGGAACAAGAGAAUCGGCAGCUAAGGCAGGCACUUGCUAUGAUGCACGGCCGACCUGAGAUCUCCAACCGGACCUGUCAGGACAAAUAUGAACAAGCUCUGCUCAGCCUCGCCAUGACCGACCAACCACAGCCUGCUCCGGACAGUGAAGAUAACAGACAUCAAAAACGCCAGGAGGAUGUGCAGGCAAUGAAAGCUAAGCAGCAGGAGAACGCCACUCACUCCGAAGAGGAGAUUAAGAGGCUCUUCAAACAGCUGCACAACCUGUCUCAUUCCUCUGGGGAGCACUCCUUUAGCCAGGCCCAAGACAGCAGGUCUCAUUCAUCUGCAUCCUCCUGCUCCUCCUCCAGUAGCACAAGACUCACCAGGAGAAACUCGGUGCCAAACCUAAGCUCAAACGAAUCUCCUGCUGAGGGACAAAGCUCCAUCUCUGAAGACUCUCUGACCUUAGUGUCCAGAGAAAAAAUACUCUCUGCCUCUCCAAUGGAGUCUUUGUCAGUGUCACCCGCAGACGGCAUGGUCUCUCGUUUCCUGGAGGAAGAGAGCUUACGGUCCAUGGAGCUGCUCCAGAGGUUGGACAUCCACAUCGAGGGUAUGAGGGAGGACAACACCAAGACAGUGUCCAAGUACCUGCCAAGUGGCUCAGGGUCAGAGUAAGGUGGAAUAAAUAUGACAGAAAGUGCCUUGAACAGCAGUGCCGAAGACUACGUUGUGGUACUUAAGUAGAUUGUACACGGUGGAGGCAUUUGUGGGGCAUUUGGUGUGUGCCUCAGAAUUUCCGGUGACCUUUCAACAUGUACAGUGCUGUCAGGCCACAGCACUGAGCAUAAGCACAAAUAAGCACUAGCCCACUCCGUCCCCACAGUGAAAGCCAAGUUACACAUAUGACAGUCUUAUGUAGUUGAUUAGCUUAGAUUUUUAAAAAUGUAUUUAUUUUAUCUGUGUGGCAGCGGAAUGUGUUUUCACUAGAGGUACAUUUUCGUCCCGUCACGUCAAGAUGAUCUUAAACGGCAAGCGCUGACAAAGGCUUACUGAUUAAACGUUUUGCAUCACCUCACGCCUUGUGUUAGAAGCUGCAUUUGAACACACCGCAAAGACUGCAGCUGACAAGCCUUCUGUGUCUUCAUAAGGCCCUUCUGGGUCAGUAGUCCAAAAAACAAGACAAACAAACUAAACACUGUGUAUCUUCAAAACAGUGUCAUCAUAGGCUGGAUAAUGUGGUGAGAAUACGUGUCUGCAUUGUUAGCUUUAGGGCAGCUUUAACAGUUAAAAUACAAUUUACAGUUUCACAGAGCCCAAACUGACAUCUUCAGAUAUCUUAUUUUGUCCAAGCAAUAGUUUAAAAGCAAAAUACAUCCAGUUUGCUAUCAUUUAAGACAAGAAAAACCUGCAAAUCUUCACAGUUGAGAAGCUGGAACCAUCUUAUGUUUGAAGAUUACUCAUGAUUAAUUAUCAAUGAUUCUCAAAAUAGCUGCUUUUCUGUAAUUUCAUGUUCUGUCAAUUGACUAAUCGGUGAAUCAGAUAAUAGUUUCAGCUCUAGUCAGCUUGUGGGAAAAGACCAAAGGUAGAAAGGCCAAAAGAAGGGAGAACUGCUAAAUGCGUGAAUUAGGUAUCACCGACAGCCUCCGCCGACAUGCUCAACAACAUGCAAGUGCCCCCAAACACACCGCCUUAACUGUGAGUGAUGAUGGUGGUCGGCACCUAAAACUCAAUAACAGCCAAUGGUUCUUUUUUGUUGGGGCUGUAACAUUUAUUCGUUGCUCGUAAGAGUUGUUUUAAUUGCCAUAUCUGCAGUACUGCAAAGAUACUUUUCUAUCCAAGGUGUCUUAUGCUGUGUUUUCUGGCUGGGAAAACCCUGUAAAUCUGCUUAAUUUGGGGUCCGGAGAUGCUUUCUAUUUAAGCUAACAUUAACACUUUGUAGGUAACCCAUAUCGUCUCUGCAAUUACAGCUUUUAUUAUCAGCCCAACAGUGCUUUCAAUAGAUAGAAGUAGCCUUAAGAAACAGUUUCAGUCCUUGUGCAUUGUCAUAUUUGUGUGACCUCACAUAGCUCACUUUUGGUUGCUGAAUUCCACAUGAGUUACUUGUUGGAGUUCCUUUGCACUUUUCCUUGUAGGACGCUGCAUAUUCCAAUUUUUCAAGUUGCCUGGAAUGCAGCAUUGACACAAGCUUUAUAUUUACGUCCAUAGAAAAUGUUGAGAAUGUUGCUGUGAGCCAAAGACUUGUCCGUCCUCCCUGCACGUCUGUCACAGCUGGGAGAAAUACCACAUAUGUACAUGUCUGUCCUGACAUCUCAGAGAGUAGGGAGGGAGAGAAGGCAGCUUAUACUGCAGCUCUCCUCAUUCCCCCCAGUUACUAGUCUCCCAAACCCCCCACCACCGCCACCCACCCACCCACC